UUAAUCCUACAAAGAGCUAGCAAGGCCAGCGAGGCGGAACUUCCUUAACCCAAGACCCGAGAAGCUGUGAUUUUGGAAAAGUACCAGCUCUUCGGAAUGCUGCAGCAAAAGAGUUACUCAAGAUGAAGCUGGAGAAAUAGGUAGGAGCCUUGUCAAAAAGGUGCCGUGGGAAUUCAGAAAUUCUGGUUUCAGUAUUUCCAUUUUUAGCCAUACUUGGUGUACAAAUAAGUGAUCUCCUGGCAUAGGCUUGGCGGACUUGUUCGUGCCCGUGCUUUUUGGCAACUAUGGGGCUUUUUUGAGUUUGGAUGCCUAGUGGCCUCACACAUUUAUAUCUGUUUGAUUUUGCAAGCGCCACCUUCGUUCAAGAACUGUUAGAUCGCGUAUACUUAAAACUGCAAAAAGAGGGGGUCAAAGCACAACAACCGGAGAGGGCGGGCCCGAGAACCCCGGGGCUGCAGAGGCUGCGCGGUCGGAGAACUGCGGGGGCGGGAAGAGGCGGAGCGCUGCGCCGGCGACCCACUGCGCAUGACUGUCCCGCGUUGCUAAGGCAGCGGGAAAGGCGUCACCAGGAAGUGGAGCCCUGCUUAACUGUUAGCAGCAAGAUCCCUGGCCUGUGGACGCAGGGCUGAUUAGGUCCUGAGCCAUCGUGACCACAGCAAAGCAGAUGAGAAGCCGAAUCUGAUGCAGUGUGAUGACCAUCUGUCCAGAAGCCCAAGGAUUCUUAAAAAACAAAGGGAAUUGGGCUCAUAUGGACCUCAGUGCUACAACAGACCUUUCUGAUAAUGAGACCUCCAAGUCCUUUACUGAUGAAGUACAGAGUUCCAGUACUUUUAGCUCCUCUGGAGAACUGCAUUCCUGGCCCCAUGCCUCCGGGCACAAACUUGAAAAUGAAAGCCCAAAUACCUGCUUGGAACAAGAAGACAAUCAGUCUGAAGUUUCAGACUUGAACAAUCAUGAAAAGAAGUUGAGUAGAAAAUGGAUCAGUUACCUCAAGAGCAAAGAGACUCACUCUGGACAGUACCAUUCAGACACUAGGCUUCAAACAGAAAUCAGUCAGGUAUCUGAUGAAGAAUUGAGUGCCCUGCAGUCUUUUUGCAUUAACAAGAUAAACCUGAUGCAUCAUAGAGUGAACUCUCAAAAGAACAGACAUAAAAAGUUGCAGCUUCGAUCAGAUAUAGCGGUUCCAGAGAUAGAUGUGUUGAACUGCAUUGUCCCAGAUGAUCUUCUGAACAGAGUUUAUUUAAAAAGCAUGAUGACAACACUAAAACAGGUGACAACAGCUAAACAACAUGUUACUUCACAGUGUCCUAAUUGUAACAGAAAAAGAGCAGAACUGGCUCAGUCUGCCUUUCUAAAACAAAAAAAGACUUUACUGGAAUCACUUCUACUUCAAGAGAAAAUAGAUGAGUAUCUUCAUACUAAAGACUUUCUUAGCCUUAUUGGAGAAGUACAUCAAGAUCUUCCCAGGCCUUCAGAUGACCCUAGAAUAAUCUGGAAAAGACUUAAUGAGAAACGUGCGAUUGGAUUCUCUGAUUUUAAAAAGUCUACAGAGCAGAUGAAGUAGGAUGGAAAUAGGACUUGUGAUUCACCUUUUCCUCUAUCACUUCUCAAAUCACUUACUCUAACCAAACAGGAGAUGGUGUUAAUGAUAAUGUGUAAUGUAGUUAGAUGUUCCUGUUGUACAUUUAAAUAAUUACCAUUUCUACAGGCAAUUUAGAAACUAACUUAAGACUUGACUUUGCUUCUUUCAUAGAUUUACAAAGACUACAAACUUUGUUUCCAGUGCUUAUUUCAGAUAGAAGGCAGCAUUGUUAAUGAAAUAGUUACAAAGCUUUUCCAACAAUCUAGAAGAGCCAUGUUGGUAGUUCAGACUAGGAUUUUGAUGGUACAGAGAGAAGUGCAGAGAUGUAAGAGAUACUUAAGAAGUAAUAAUUGACAGGCUCUGGGAAGAAGUAGAUAUGGGGAUUUUAAAAAGGUAAAUAUUAAGAAUGUGACUAAGUUUCUGACAUGCACUUGAAUGAAUGAUAAUUUUAUUAAUAUUGGCACAUUGGGAGAAGAUCAUGUUUGAUAAGAGUGAUUAAUAGUGUGAUUAUUUAGGCAUGGUUUUAGGUAUAUUUGAGCUACGCAUGCUGAGAUGUUGAGGAAACAGUUGGUUUUCUGUGCUUGCUGUCUAGAGGAAAGCUAUGGCCUAGAGAUUUGAAAUAAAGGAUGAGCAGUGGAGGGGGCAUAAUUAGUUGGAAAUUGUAGUCAUAAAUGUGGUAAGCUCUGCUGGGUGACAUUAGAGUGUUGAGAAAAGGGUUAUUACCAAUUCCUGAGAAAUUCAACAAUUACUGGUUAGGUAGGGGGGAUAUGCAAGGAAAGGAGGUUGGGAAGAAAUCAUAAAAGUAGGAUAAAGGAAACUGGGAAUGUGUUGUGUUGUAGAGGCCAAAGAAAGACUAUUUCAAGAAGGGUGAGUUGUCUAAGUAUGCCACUGCAGUAGAAAGUUUGCAUUUAGUCAUUGUGCACUGUUGACCUUAGCAACAGCCUCUACACUUACAGAAAUCAUACAAAACGAUUAGGAAAUAAAUGUGGUUAGGAAAUGAAGAAUGUACAGACUAUUCAUAAAGAUUAUAUGAAUCUUUUGUGUUCAUUGUAAUUUGUAUUCUAAUAAGAAAAAUCAUCCCCUGAAGAAUAGCAUGGUAUUUUGAAAAUGCAUUUUUGUCAAAAAUUUAAAUGGCAUUCUGAGAAAUCAUAUUUGUUAUUUAUUUUCUCUGUAAAAUUAUUAACCCUUAUUAACCCUUAAAUUAGUAAAGAUGCCUUGAGGUCAUUUUUCUACAUAAUGAACCCAAAUCCUUGCCGACACUUAACUCUCCAUUAAAAAAAUUACAACACCUUAGUAGGUGUGACAUGGUAUUUCAUUUUGUUUUUGGUUUGCAUUUUCAUAAUGACUAAUGAUGUUGAGUAUCACUUAUGCUUUUAGCCAGUGUGUAUCUUCUUCAUCUGUUUUGUUUAGUUGUAGGAGUUAUUUUUACAUUUUGGAUAUAAAACCCUUAAAUAAAUUGCAAAUAUUGUCUCCCAUUCUAUGGUAGUCUUUUUAGUCUACUGGUAAUGUACUUUGGCACACACAACAAAUCGUUAUCAAGUUUAAGGUCAUGUAAAUAUGUUCUCAGAUUUCUGUAGUCUUCCAUCUUAUGUUUGGAUCUUUAAAACAUUUUAAGCUAUUUUUUUGUUCAUUGCAUGAGAUAAGAUUUCAUUCUUUUGCAUGUGGAUAUCCAGUUUUCUCAGCAUCAUUGUUGAAGAGACUAUUUUUAUUGAAAGGUCUUGUUACCCUUGUUGAAAGCCAGUUCACCAUAAAUAUGAGCAUUUAUUUUGGACUCAUUAAAUUCCAUUGAUCUGUACUAAUAUCCUUUCACCAGUACCACACCAUUUUGUUGUACUUUAUUGUUGGUUUUGAAAUCAGUAUGUGUGAAAUCUUUGUCUGUGUUCUUUUCCAAGAUUGUUUCGUCUCUUCAGGAUCCCUUAAUAUUACUUAAAAUUUUUAGGAUGUGAUUUUCAUUUCUGCGAAGAACACCAUUGGGGUUUCAAUAAGAAUUGUAUUAAUCUGUAUAUUGCUAAUAGUAUUACUGUCAUCUUAACAAUAUAAAACCUUAGGAUCCAUUCAUAGGGGAUGUCUUUUUUAUUUAGUUAGCUCUUAAUUUCUUUCAGCAAUGUUUUGUAGCUUUCUGUGUACAAGUUAUGUGCCUCCUUUUUUGAAUUUAUUCCUAAGUACUUUGUUCUUUUGGUUGUGAGUGGAUUUUUUUGGGAUGUUCAUUGCUAAUGC